UGUGUGGUGCAUCCAGCAUACACUCAAGGAACUACACCAGCGAACCAGACUUGGCUAGAAUACCAUGGCGUGCAAGUCCAGCUGCAACCUCCUCCUCUUGGCCGCCGUCCUGCUCUCCGUCGUCGCCGCUGCUUCCGCCUCCGGCAGCUGCGUCCCAGGGGUGGCUUUUCGGACCGAUCUUCUGCCACACUGCCGCGACUAUGUGUUACAACAAACUUGUGGCACCUUCACCCCCGGGUCGAAGUUACCCGAAUGGAUGACAUCCGCGUCAAUAUUCUCCCCCAUGAAGCCAUACCUCGCCAAGUUGUAUUGCUGCCAGGAGCUCGCAGAAAUUCCUCAGCAGUGCCGGUGCGAGGCGCUGCGCUACUUCAUAGCGUUGCCGGUACCGUCUCAGCCCGUGGACCCGAGGUCCGGCAAUGUCGGUGAGAGCGGCCUCAUCGACCUGCCCGGAUGCCCCAGGCAGAUGCAAUGGGACUUUGUCAGAUUACUUGUUGCCCCGGGGCAGUGCAACUUGGCGACCAUUCACAAUGUUCGAUACUGCCCCGCCGUGGAACAGCUUCUGUGGAUCUAGAGAUAAAAUCAGUCGUUCGUGAAUAAGCAUGCAUGUUGCAUCCAUAGGCGUGUGGUGUGCAUGCAUGCAUAUGUGAGCUCCGCGCGCUCAACAUGUGUGGGCUAUCUGCUAUGAAUGAGAAUAAAGAGAACCAUUUUGUGGUUCUUUAAUUUCAA